AAAUUUGCAUUUGUCAUUUGUCAGGCCUAACGAGGUUAAGUCAACUUCUUGCAUCUUUCCGAGAACGAUUUUUCUAACAGCACAACCGAAAGAUUUGAAUCCGAUUUUUAACCAGACAUAUGAAAGGUAGAAAUCAUCAAUUUUCAAAAGCAUGGCAAAACUAUUUAACGACACCCCUAUAAAGCCACUGCCCCCCUAUAUUCGGCAACGAUUAACCCUCCAAACGUUACUGAACAACCCCCAACAAUACAUAAAGAAUAUAAACUAUGGUCAACCACGUAAACGCCCGCAACAUGAAGAAGAGGUGGUUAUAGAAGAGAGGCAGCCGCCGAGGCCUUCUGUGGUGAGCGAGAGGACGCAGACUAAAGAUGUGCUGGACGCGGAGACCAAUACGAAGAAGGUGCGGUUAUCAAUAGUGGAGAGCCAGAAAAGCAAGUUGAAGAGCAGAUGCACGACGGCGUUGGCGAAGGGGGCUACCCUGGCGUCGCGCAGCCCCUAUGUGGAGAUAGCCAGGCGACUGAGGCAGGACAUAGUCGACAAACAGAAAAGGACAUCUCUUGCCAAGGAUUCAAUGAAACGAAUACCUGAAGUCAAGCAACGACGCGGCAUCUUAAAGAAGGUGCUAGAGGACGUGACGCUGGAAGGCAUGUGCUCGACGGGAACCACCACAGACAAGAAGAAACCCCCUCUCGACAAGAUACUGAAAGAAAAUCACAUCUUCAUGAGAUACUCAAAAAGCUGCAAGGCGAAGAAGCGUGUCCGCAUGGACAAGAAACCGGCCUUCUUCUUCACCAAGAGAGACCAGGACUCCGUGCAGUCCUUCAACGAGGCCUCAGAUAACGAGAGGCCUAAGCGAGUCCCCGAUGACAAUGACAACUCAUCAGAACAUUCAGAAGACGAUGCUAGCCUCGAACGCAAGCCUGCACGGCUGAUGUUGCGCGCGCCGUCCGGCAAACGGCCCGUACCGUUCGUGCCAUCCAUGUCCGACGCGUCGGACGUAUCGGACGUGUCGGACGCGUCGGACGCGUCGGAUGAUAGCUCCACGGUCUCACGCGUCUCUAAUAAGUCUAUCGCUCCGCAGCUGUGUGACUCGGACAAGCUCUCAAGACGUCCGCUUCAACACCAGGUUUCUCAACUGAGUGUACGCGCAGAGCUCCGCCAGAAUGCUCCUAAGAAGCCUCCGUGCAGAGUUCCUAAGGAGCGAUUGUAUUUCAAAAACAUGUUGUUAUAUUUUCCCUACGUACAGACACACAAGCGGUGACGUUGCAAUGAGUGUCACUCAAGCCCUAUUAUUGAAGAAUUAUGAAUACAAGUGCAAAGUGCAAUGUUCGUGUCUUUUAAAUAUACAGUACAUAUGGUCCUAUUUUCCCGCACUAGUGCGUAAAAUAGCACUUUUCGUGCGAUGUCAAAAGUUUAAAGGGCCAUAUGUACUGUAAAACGUUGUACGAUACACGUGCGAAUAGAUAAUUCGAAACGAGUGGCUAUUUAAAACACUCCCUUCGGUCGUGUUUUAAUUUAUCGCCACUCGUUUACAAAUUCCUCUUUUCCGCACUUGUAUCGUAAAUAACUAUUAUUAAAUAGUCCUAUGUGCUAUCAAAUGCAUUGUUAUAAUCUGAAGUUCGAUACAUGACAGUACUGAUGUUAUGAUAUAGAUAGUAACACCUACUGAUGUUAAUAAUCUUGUAGAAAACGAAAAAAAACUGUACCUAAUCUUUUAAAAGUGUUUUUUAAUACAGUUGCUCACAAAGUGCUACUUUACGUAGCUGUUUAGCGUGCGGAAAGUUGGUUAUGUCGAACUAGUGCUUUUUACUUUUCCAAUUUUUUUAAAUUUAUACUUGUUCCAAUUCACGACUACUUAUUGAUGAGUGUUAAUAUUAGUUUCCUUUAAACGUCGUAAUCAGCAUAAAAACCUACUGUUAAUGUAAGAAUAUGAAAAAUAGACAUAUUUCAUAUUUUAAUACUUACCUCUUCAUCAUUAUAACACGUUUAUUUUUUAAUAUUGAAUAUUGAAAAUUCCGUUCUUAAUAAGGUGUCUGAAUGGAACGGAAUAGCUGCCAAACGCCCAUAGAUAUAAUAUACUUAAAGACGACGUCUAAGCGAGCUGUCACUGUUACCACUUUUGUUUAGUGUACGAUUAACAAUGUUUUACUUAUUUUUUCGCAACUGUAUUAAAAAACGUCGUUCGAUACACGUGCGGAAAUGUCAUUCUUCACUCGUCCCGAGUCUUCCCACUCGCCUGCGGCUCGUGGCAAGAUAUCUCGGUACUCGUGAAGUAAUGACAUACCUUCCGCACUAGCAUCGAAAUGUACUAUUAUUUACCUGCAUAACAUAUAUGGCUCUAGAAGUAAAUCCAGGUUGUUUUAUAGUAAGACCAAGAUAAGUCUGCAACGAUUUUGAUAGCCCACGCAGUGCAAGUGUUAUUUAAACGUCAAACUUCUAUGAAAUUAUGACGUAUAAAUAGCACUGGCACUGCGUGUGUAUAUCUAACUCUCUGCAGACUUUUCUUGGUUUAACCAAGGUUUAACUCUAUCACUGACCCGUACGCUUUAUAAAGUUCAUGAGAUACAGCCUGGUGACAGACAGACGGACAGACAGACAGACCGACAGACCAGUGGAGUCUUAGUAAUAAGGUCCCUUUUUACGCUUUGGGUACGAAACCCUAAAAAUGACCCCAAAAAUCGUAAGAUUGUAACAUAAGUUGUUCAAACUCAAAACAGUCAUCAUCAUCUUCCUCGCGUUGUCCCGGCAUUUUGCCACGGCUCAUGGGUGCCUGGGGUCCGCUUGACAACUAAUCCCGAGAAUUGGCGUAGGCACUAGUUUUUACGAAAGCGACUGCCAUCUGACCUUCCAACCCAAAGGGGAAACUAGACUUUAAAAGCGUUGUCUAAGUGCGGUGAUCUAAGAUCUCAUAUUAAUGAAUGCAGCUAAUCAAACAUUCAAACUGGGGGAUUGAAUUUGAAAAAGGAACGAAUUUUGUAAUUGGAACAAAGUGUUCGUUAUAAUUGGCCGCCAUUUGUUUUGGAGCGGGACCGAGAUU